AUGCCAAGAGGCCCGCCGCUCACCGACCUCGAGAAGGGCCAGAUCCUUGCCCUGCAUCAUCAGCUUAUGUCCUUACGGGACAUAUCGAAAGAAUUGGGAAGGUCCGUAGGAGCUGUGCAGCGCUUUUUAAAGAAUCCCAGUCGCACUGCACGGUCUCGGGCGCAUGUAACUGGUCAAAAGUUGACUGUCCGGGAAGAAAAGGCUAUGAUUCGAAAGGCAACCACGGGAAACUAUUCAGCUCGAGACAUAAAACAAGACCUCAACUUGCCGGUAGGAGUCCGCAGAAUUCAACAAAUUCUAAGCGCAACGCCACAUCUAAAGUAUAGAAAAAUGAAGACCGCCCCAAUGAUGACUUCUCUGCACCGCGAAAAAAGGGUCAAAUGGGUGCGCCGUUUUAUAAGCAAGGGGGACUUUUUUUGGAACAAAGUCAUCUUCAGCGAUGAGAAAAAGUUCAACCUCGACGGACCGGAUGGAAAUGCCUGCUAUUGGCAUGAUUUGCGCAAAGAUGAAAGGUUUUUUUCUAAGAGGCAAAAUGGAGGAGCUACAGUUAUGGUUUGGGGAGCCAUUUCUCCUUACGGGGUAUCCCCUUUGGUGUUUUUAAAUGGAAAUCAAAAUUCGGGUAAGUACUGCGAAACCCUGGACAAGGCCCUACUGCCUUUUUCCGCAGAGAUGUAUGGGGAAAUGGAGAACUGGGUUUACCAGCAAGAUGGAGCUUCUAUUCAUAGGUCGAGAUUCACGCGCUCUUGGCUCAAUGAGAAGGGUGUGAGAACUAUGGACUGGCCCGCAAAGUCUCCUGAUCUUAAUAUUAUUGAGAACAUUUGGGGAAUCAUGGCUCGUCGCGUCUAUCUUCGCCAGCGUCAGUUCGAUACGAUAGAGCAGCUUAAGGAGGUGAUUGAGGAUGUAUGGGCAACAAUUAGUGGCGAAUUGCUACAGAAGCUCUAUCGUAGCAUACCGCGGCGUAUGCUUGCAGUGCUGGAUGGACAAGGGAAGGGCGAGCGACAAAAUACUAGAAUAAAGACAUUUCUUCUACUGUACUCUAUAGCGUUUCGCGUAUUUAUUUGCGUUUCGCAUACUUUUUUGAAGAUAUCUGUCUAUGCGUUUAUGAUUGAGCAAAUCUGA